GCUAUGUCUGGUCGCGGUAAAGGCGGAAAGGGUCUGGGCAAAGGAGGUGCCAAGCGCCACCGCAAAGUUCUUCGUGAUAACAUCCAGGGCAUUACCAAGCCUGCUAUUCGGCGCCUGGCUCGUCGUGGUGGUGUGAAGCGCAUCUCCGGCCUCAUCUACGAGGAGACCCGCGGGGUGCUGAAGGUGUUCUUGGAGAACGUAAUCCGCGACGCGGUCACCUACACCGAGCACGCCAAGCGCAAGACUGUCACCGCCAUGGACGUGGUCUACGCCCUCAAGCGUCAGGGCCGCACUCUCUACGGUUUCGGCGGCUGA